AAAAAGUAAGAACAUCCGAGAAAAGAGAAAAGCAAAAGGUGAUGAGCAAUGCCACCAACAGUAACCGCCACCACUAGAUUCCUCACUUCUCGCGCCAAAUGUCCUCAUCAAUGGAGAAAUUACGCUACCAGUAAUCCCAGAUUCUCCAUUUUCACUUCUACUUCUCUUUGCUCUUCCUUCCAAUCUCAUUUUCCUCAUCUCCGAUCUUCUUUCUCAUCCAUGACUGCCCAUCCUCCUCCUCCGCAAGCUCAAGCCACUUCCGACCCAGACCCGGCUCAGUCCUCCUCUACAAAGACUGUGAGGGUUUUGAUUAAAGGAAGAGUGCAGGGAGUAUUCUACAGGAAUUGGACUAUAGAGAAUGCAAAUCAAUUGGGGUUAAACGGUUGGGUGAGGAACAGGAGGGACGGGUCUGUUGAGGCACUUUUUUCUGGAGAUUCUGAUAAGGUUCAGGAGAUGGAACAGAGGUGCCGUCUUGGCCCACCCGAUGCUAUGGUUACUGGCCUCCAGGUUUUCCCUUCUCAUGAUGACCCUGGAACUGGAUUCCACCGCAAAUCAACUGUUUGAAGAUACUUUUCCGGUGGAUUUUUCCUUUAGUAUGUGUAGAUUAAGACUUACAUUUCAUGAGGUUAUAUAUACAAUAUUGCUGUAGUACCGGCAGUUGAUCA